AACAGUCAAUGGCAGAACGCGAAGCGGCCGCGUUGACAACGGAGCUGCUCUAGAAUCGCUCUUCAGUUGCCCGCCUUGUAGUUAAUUCACAUAUUUGGAGUAUACGUUGCAAUUGAUGCGGUAAAGGAACGGCAAACGAGUCAAUCAAAGCGUCAAUCAAACUUAAAUACUUGGAUCAAUCAAGCAACAACAUUCGAUCCGAACAACAACUAGAAGUGCACCGCAAUAAAUAAAUUUCCGCUGUGAGAACCAAAUAUUGAGCGUAGUUAAUUAGUUUGGAGAUCGCCGUGGAAAACAGGUGCUAAUUUCGGAGUAUUUACAGUUAAUCCAACGUCAGACUGUGUGUGUGUGUGUGUCUAUACAAGUAUACAUAAAUAGAUAGAGCCGAUAAUGAAACUGUGAUACAUUCGCGAUUUUGUUGUCGCUGUUGUUAAUUAAGCCUUCACACGCUCAAGUGCGCCACUUGAAAAAGUACACACAUUCAUUCUCGCGCUUUUCCCACCUUCCACCUUCCACACAGACACCCACUCCACUAUCGUGCUGCUCAGCCGAAAGUGCCAACACAUAUAAAAAGAGCAGUAAGAAGAAGAGAAGGAAGAACAAAAAUAGUAACAAUUGUACAUUGACGAAGUUAUCAGCGGUAGGAGCAGAGCAGCAGAGCUUUCAGCAGAUUUCCCAAGCAUAAACAGCGCUGCCGUCGCAACGCGUCGCUGCUGUCGUCGCAGUCACAGUCGCAGUCAGCUUUGAACGCAGCAGCAACGCAUAUUUUGUUUUUGUCAUAAACGUGACUGCGACUGCGCUUGGACAUCUUCCACACUCCCGCGUUGCUCCAACUUCACCUAUACUUUAAAUCAAGCAUCUUUGGGAUGUGUUUGCUGGACAUUGAGAGAGUGGCGUUGGCGUUGACGUUGGCGUCGUUAUCAUCAUAAUCAUCGUUGUGACUGCUGCUGCUGUCGCGGCUGCUGGAAAGGAAGUCAGUCUUGUGACUUGGUGCAACAAAAGUGCAGCUAAUUGAAUUUAAUGCACAAGCAAAAGGAAUUUGAUUUCAUUUUUACAUGUGACGCAUACAAAGUACAAGUACCUAGCGGAGGCGAAAGCAAUGCGGAAAAGUGCAAGUGACAAUCGAAGCAACAGUAAUCGCAUAAUAAGCGCGACUUAAGUGAAAGACAAGCAAAAUUAUACUUAAAUUACAAAGCAAACAACAACACAAUAAAUAACACUAAAUAAACAAAAUAUGCAUAUGUAUAUGUAAAUAAAUAUAUUAAAGAGCCAUUUAAUAUUCAAGUCAUCAGCUAAUUAUUGUGAUAUUGCAACUUGUUAAGCAAAAAAAUUAAAAAAAAAAGAAAUCAACAUGAAGAUAAACAAAAAUGGACGCGAAUCUCUGCUCCUCGUGCCCUCGCCGAAUCACACGUUUCCAGUGCGCACGUGCUCCAACGCGUCCUCGCUGCGCUUCAAUAUGGGUCACGAUCACGACAAUACCGACGAUGCCGAGGAGGGUCUCGGCUAUACACACACACUGAUGUAUGGUCGUUAUACAAAAGAUCUAGGAGAAUUUGCCAAAGAUGAAGCCAGAAAGCUCAAGCUACUCGAAAAGCGACGAAAGCAGGAAGAUAAACAAAGGAAUAAGGAAUUGCUUGGGAAACGAGCGACGCGAAUAAAACGCAUCUCAUCAUGGAUCUGGAGGCAUACGUUGGCUCGGCUGGGCGAGGAUUGGGUGUUCCUCGCCCUAUUGGGCAUCAUAAUGGCCCUUCUCUCCUUCAUCAUGGACAAAGGCAUAUCGAUAUGUACAAAUGCUCGUAUAUGGCUCUAUCGCGACCUUACCUCACAGCCCUUCAUACAAUAUAUUGCUUGGGUCUCAUUGCCGGUCUGCUUAAUAUUAUUCUCAGCCGGCUUUGUUCAUCUCAUCGCACCGCAAAGUAUAGGUUCCGGUAUACCUGAAAUGAAGACCAUACUGCGUGGCGUUGCACUGAAAGAGUAUCUCACAUUUAAGACAUUAGUGGCCAAGGUAAUUGGUUUAACGGCAACUCUGGGCAGCGGUAUGCCAUUAGGAAAGGAAGGUCCUUUCGUACAUAUAGCAAGUAUUGUAGCACAAUUAUUAAGUAAACUCGUCACAUCAUUCCAAGGCAUCUAUGAGAAUGAAUCCCGCAACUCUGAAAUGCUCGCGGCUGCCUGUGCGGUCGGUGUAGGCGCCUGUUUUGCAGCGCCUGUUGGAGGCGUCCUGUUCAGCAUUGAGGUCACCACCACCUACUUUGCGGUGCGCAAUUACUGGCGUGGCUUCUUUGCCGCCGUGUGUGGUGCAACGGUAUUUCGUUUGCUUGCCGUGUGGUUCCAAAAUGCCGAUACUGUGCGUGCGCUCUUCCUUACCAAUUUCACCACCGAAUUCCCCUUCGAUCCGCAGGAGUUGUUUGUUUUCGCAUUGAUCGGAUUCGUUUGUGGUUUGGGUGGCGCCACCUAUGUCUGGGUACAUCGCCGUUAUGUGCUCUUCAUGCGCUCCAACAAACGCAUGAACAAAUUUCUUCAGAAAAAUCGCUUUUUGUAUCCUGGAUUUCUGGCACUAUUGGUCUCCAGCAUUUCAUUUCCCUUGGGAACGGGUCAGUUCCUGGCAGGUGAGCUCAGCACUCAUGAGCAGGUGACACAGCUCUUCAGCAACUUCACCUGGUCCCGUGAAGAUUUGACCGUGGAACAGGCGGCGGUUGUAACACACUGGACGACCAACUUAACCAGCGUGUUUGGUAAUCUCGUGUGCUAUACGAUAUUUACAUUCUUCUUCUCGAUCAUUGCGUCCACGAUACCCGUGCCCUCGGGCAUGUUUAUUCCUGUCUUUAAGAUAGGUGCCGCCUUUGGUCGCUUGGUGGGUGAGUUGAUGGCCUCCUGGUUUCCCCAUGGCGUACGCUACGGCGGACGACUGUCACCCAUUAUGCCAGGUGGAUAUGCUGUUGUGGGAGCAGCCGCCUUUUCCGGAUCGGUGACGCACACUGUGUCCGUGGCCGUGAUUAUCUUUGAGAUGACGGGCCAGAUAACACACGUGGUGCCCGUGAUGAUAGCCGUGCUGGUGGCCAAUGCGGUGGCCGCACUGCUGCAGCCCUCGAUCUACGACAGUAUUAUACUGAUAAAGAAGUUGCCCUAUCUGCCGGAUCUAUUGCCCUCAAGCUCCGGCAUGUAUAGCAUCUUUGUGGAGGACUUUAUGGUGCGGGAUGUCAAGUACAUUUGGCAUGGCAUCUCCUAUCAGAAACUCAAGGAGGUCUUGAAGAUUAACAAGACGCUGCGCUCGCUGCCAUUAGUGGAUAGUCCGGAGAACAUGAUACUUCUGGGAUCCGUGCAGCGCUACGAGCUGAUCAAGAUUAUUGAGAAGCACAUAGGACGCGAGAAACGUAUGGAGGUGGCCCAAAAGUGGCACAAGGAGGCCGAGGAGCGUGCCCUAGAGGAGGAGAAGAAGAAGAUGGAAGCGGAACUAAAGCAGCGUCGUCCCUCCCGCUUCGAGGUGCUGCCUGCUCCGGAUAUAUUGAGUCUACGGCAAAUUGCCAAUGACGAGAUGCUGCCUCCCAAAAAGAGGGCAGAAACAAUGCACAGCUCGCUGACACCACGCAAAUCCAUACUCAAGAAGACCAACUCCUUCAAUUUAAAGACCUACACUCCCGCCUCACCACACAGCCCCAGCAUUACACCCUACACAACAAUCACCGGCAACUCCGAGUUUCGUAUACGCUCCGCCUUCGAGGCCAUCUUCAAAAAGUCCACAACCCUGCAGGACGUCCAACCCGAUCCGGAGAUGGGCUCCAUCUCGGCUGUGGCCAGCGACAGUGAGGUACAAGUGCAGCGUGCACCUAGUGUGCCCAGUACACCUGGCAUUUCCAAGAAGGUUCAGCUGCCCAGGGAACGUGUUAUUGACAUGUCACCAGAGGAUCAAAAGCAAUGGGAACUGGAGGAAAUGCUGAAACCGAUCGAUUUGGAAAAGGCACAGAUUCACAUUGAUCCCUCACCAUUUCAGCUGGUCGAACGCACCUCCAUACUCAAGGUGCACUCGUUGUUCUCGAUGGUGGGCAUAAAUCAUGCCUAUGUUACGAAGAUUGGCAGACUUGUCGGUGUUGUGGGACUCAAAGAGUUGCGCAAGGCCAUCGAGGACAUCAACAGCAAUAGCUUUGUGGCACAUACAUGUGACGAUGAGAUCGAUGGCGAUACUAAGCCAGCUGUGGAGAAGCCUCUACUCUCACCCAGCGCCAGUGACAAGGCCGUGAAUAUUACAAUCACUUCGAUGGACUCGGCGCUGUCGAAUUCGGACAAUUGCUCCGAUAUUGAAAUGGAACACAUUAAGUCAUUGGAUACGCCGGAAGUAACGCUCACAAUGCCGCCUAUAGAAACAAAUACAACAACAGACACAAAAAAUACACAGAAUAUAAACAAAAGUGUUUAAAAUAGGCAUCAAUCUUAUGUUUGUACUAUAUGUAUAUCGAUUCGUUAGUUUGGACAACACUUGCAUAUUUUUAGUUGUCGCUAGUCUGUAAAGAUCAGUUAAUACUUAUCUAAGUUAUGUCAUAAUUUUAAUUAGAAUAUCAAGUUGUUAUGUAUUUAUAUAUAUGUAUAUCUCUUUAGUGCAUAAAGUCAAAGAUAUCGUGAUCUAUAUUUAAGUUGAAAUCAAUGCGAAAUAAAAGUUUAAAAUUGUACAUUGCCAA